CUCGCUCUUGAUUAUAAUAACUUGGGGGUCAAUUUGCUGAAAUGUAUGAAAAAUGGAAAGCUUCAAGAUGGAAAAUGAUAAUAGAGUUCAGGGGAGGAUUCGUUCCGCAAGUAUAAGGAUGAGUUUGCGCAAGGGGGCGGUCGAAUUGCGUCAUCAAACAUUUAUGAGGAAACAUGCUCCGCCGCGUCCCUCUGGGAGGACACUUUGUAGCCCUAUCAGUCUGGAGGAGGAAUUUUCAGCUGUGCAAUCCCGGGACAUUACGAGGCUUGAUGAGUCCGAUGUUGAAUCUUCAGAUGUUGAUGAUGAUCUUGGCAGGCCUUUGAGUUCUGAGGAGUUAAAGGUGCUGCUAACUGAUUCUGAAAGAUUAAAUAUCCUCAAGAAAUUGAGCGAAGCUAAUCAACAUAAUCGGUUCCUAAAACGCCAGUUGCAAGCAAGGGAGGAAGAAAUGGUUAGUUUCAGGAGUGAAUUGUCUGCCAUUGAACUUGAUAUUGAGGCUUUGGUCAGUUUGGCAGAAGAAAUUGCAAGAUCUAACAUCCCAGAAGGUUCUAGAAAGAUUAACGGGAAGUAUAUUCAAUCUCACCUCCUUUCACGUCUCAAAGCUUUAAAGGGAAAACUAAAGGAACAAGUAAAGGAUGUGGAUGCUGCUCAACCCAAAGAGGUUCCUUUAUUCUGGAUGGGUAUGGCAGAGAGUGUGCAAGUGAUGGGAUCUUUUGAUGGAUGGAAUCAAGGAGAGGACUUAUCCCCCGAGUACGCCGGUGAUUACACACAUUUCUCCACGACACUAAUGCUCAGGCCGGGAAGGUAUGAGAUCAAGUUCUUGGUGAAUGGAGAGUGGCAGCUAUCCCCAGAAUACCCCACUGUUGCUCCCCUCCCCCCGCUUUCUCCUCGCAAGCCGGAAACUCUUUCCCGAUCGUUCUCGAUGGCGUCGGCUCCGGCGACCGAUGACAAUCCUUUGUUGACGGAUUUCUAUUUCCCCCCGUUCGAUUUGAUCGCCGCAUCUCACGUCCGCCCCGGGAUUCGCGCUUUGCUGAAGCGACUGGAAUUGACAAAAUUGUCACGGAAGUUUGGGGAGAAUGUCUUAGAUGCCACAAAGAAGUUUGAAAAAUUAGUAACUGACAAGAAAGAAAUUGAGGGGUUGCCAGCUACAGCUCUUGGUUUGGCUGCCCAGACAGCAGUGUCUAAAGGACAUGAAAAUGCUACUGCAGAAAGUGGGCCAUGGAUUAUUACAUUAGAUGCACCAAGUUAUAUGGCUGUAAUGCAACAUGCAAAAAACCGUGUGCUACGGGAAGAGCUGUACCGUGCCUACCUAACUCGUGCUUCAAGUGGAGAUCUUGAUAACACAAAAAUUAUUGACCAAAUUUUAAAGCGUAGGUUGGAAAAAGCUAAGCUUCUAGGGUACAAGAGCUAUGCGGAGUUAAGCAUGGCUAGCAAAAUGGCUACUGUUGAUAAAGCAGAAGAGCUACUUGAAAAACUUCGUAGUGCUUCCUGGGAUCAUGCAGUUCAAGAUAUGGAAGACCUCAAAGACUUUUGUAAAAGUCAAGGUGCUCCAGAAGCUAAAGAUUUGAACCAUUGGGAUAUUGGUUUUUGGAGUGAGAGGCUUCGUGAAUCCAAGUAUGAAUUAAAUGAGGAAGAAUUGCGCCCAUAUUUUCCACUACCAAGGGUCAUGGAUGGUCUUUUUAAGCUUGCAAAUAAGCUUUUUGGUAUAUAUGCUGAACCUGCUGAUGGUUUAGCUCCGGUAUGGGACAAGGAUGUCCGCUUCUACCGUGUGAAUGAUUCCUCAGGCAGUCCCAUAGCAUAUUUUUACUUCGAUCCAUACUCACGUCCAUCUGAAAAGCGUGAUGGUGCAUGGAUGGAUGAAGUUGUUGGUCGAAGCCGUGUAUUGUCUGUAGAUGGUGCUUCUGUAAGGUUGCCUGUUGCCCAUAUGGUUUGCAAUCAAAUGCCACCUGUGGGAGAAAAACCCAGCCUGAUGACAUUCCGUGAAGUUGAGACAGUCUUCCAUGAGUUCGGCCAUGCCCUUCAGCACAUGUUGACUAGGGAGAAUGAAGGUAUGGUUGCUGGUAUUCGGGGCAUAGAGUGGGAUGCUGUAGAAUUGCCAUCACAAUUUAUGGAAAAUUGGUGUUAUCACAGGGAGACCUUGAUGAGCAUUGCUAAGCAUUAUGAAACUGGUGAGUCUCUUCCCGAAGACAUAUACAAGAAACUCCUUGCUGCUAGGACUUUCCGUGCUGGAUCCUUUAGUCUCCGUCAGGAUCUCUUGGAAACAGUCUCUCUAGUUUUGGGUAAGAGUAAGUGGGCAGAAGUUUUGUCUGCUGAUGCUUUCUCUGCAUUUGAAGAUGUCGGCCUAGAAAACGAGACGGCUGUCCAAGAAACAGGAAGAAGAUUCCGGGAAACCGUGCUCGCUCGUGGAGGCGGGAAAGAUCCACUGGAGGUUUUUAUUGAAUUCCGAGGACGAGAACCUUCUCCAGAGCCCCUCCUAAGGCACAAUGGCCUCUUACCAGCUGCUGCAUAAGCUUCCCAAACAUGCCCUUCAUAGGCCCAACCACGCCGCGUACGGUAGAAAUGAGAUCCCAUUGCAGGAUUGUUCGAUGCAUGGAUAGUACCCAUGAGUGCUUCUCCCCUUCUUAGCUAGCUUAUCAUGAGCCAUCACUUUAUUGGCCUUCUCGUAUUAAUAAAGUCUUGUUCUGGUU